AUGACUCGAACGAAUCUCGCCUACAAGGUCGGCGCUCACGUGUCGACCGCCAAGGGCGUGCAGAACGCCGUAACCAACUCCGCCAACAUGUCAGGAAACUCGUUUGCGCUGUUUCUGAAGAGCCAGCGACAAUGGACGGGUCGCAAGUACGAUAAGAGCGAAGUGGACGAGUUUCACGACCUGUGCAAGGAACACAAGUACAGCGGAAAGACGGACAUCUUGCCACAUGGCUCUUACUUGAUCAACCUCGCGUCUCCCGACGCAAACACCGCCUACAACUCUCUCAAGGGCUUCAUUGACGAUCUGCAGCGAUGCGAGCUGCUCGGCAUCUCCAAAUACAACCUGCAUCCCGGUGCCACGGUAGGCUACGACAAGAAGAAGUGCAUCGAGAGGCUGGCGGCCAACAUUGACCGGGGCCUGGAGGCUACCAACUUUGUGCAGGUGGUGCUGGAGAACAUGGCUGGUCAGGGUACCACCCUCGGUGAUCUCGAUGAUCUGGCUGCUAUCAUCGAUCUGGUCAAGAACAAGGAGCGUGUGGGCGUUUGUAUUGAUACAUGCCACACCUUUGCCGCUGGCUACGAUCUCAGAGACGAAAAGUCGUUCAACAAGUUCUGGAAGCAGUUUGACAAGCUCAUUGGAUACAAGUACUUGGCAGGCAUCCAUCUCAACGACUCAAAGACACCUCUCAACAGCAACAGAGACCUGCAUGAGAACAUUGGAUACGGUUUUCUUGGUCUGGAGGCUUUCAGACUGGUGAUGAACAAGCCUGAGCUGGAGGGGCUCCCCCUCAUCCUGGAGACUCCAGGAGAAGACGAUAUUCGAGCUGAAGAGGUGAAGCUGCUGGAGGAGCUGAUCGGCAAGGAAGCUGAUGAUGAGUUUGUGAUCAACAAGUCCCAGGAGCUGCAGAAAUUGGGCGAGAAGAACCGAAAGGUGGAGCAGGAAAAGAUGGAUAAGAAGAAGAAGACCAGCAAGCCCGAGAAGCAAAAGCCCCUGGAGCGGUGUCUGGAAGACAAGCACGUGCUGGAGCAGUUUGAAAAGGACGCAGACAAGUACGUUCGAGAAAGAGACAUGAUGAGCGAGAUUAUGAAGGGAGAGGGAGACGAGAAACCGAAGAAGCGGGCCAAGAAGGUCAAGGAGGAGAUCAAGGAGGAGGAGCUCUAA